AUGGAAACCCCCGAAACUCGCAGUUUAUGUUUCCGCUGCUCUGUCAUCGACUUGAGCCCGCUGACAGCACCGUUACCAGUAUCACAAGAGAGCCAUCGAGAUCCUGCAUCGAAAUAUGAAGAACAGCUAGCCGUUUAUAUCCAGAGUUUUAAUCCGCUUCAUGCGAGGAACAAGCCUGAGUGCAACCUUUGUAACCUCCUUGCUGUUUGUGCAAAUCAGACCGGUGUCGAGGUCCACAAGGCUGUUGCCAUUCGCCCCAAGCUGGUCUGGCUGGCGGAUGUCGAACAUGGUUCCCGCAACAACCAAAGUGCUCGGCUCCAUCGCAGCGGUCAACUUCAUGUGUGGUUCUAUGACAAGAUAGAAUAUAAAAAAUCCAUUGAUGGCGACAAUGUUACACUCAAAUCAGCUGUGGCUUCUUGGAUGCUCGACAUCGUCGAAGAACACAGCAAAUCGUCUCCCUGCAAAAGGAUGCCGAUCUCUCGACAUGCGGAUAAAACAAUGAUUCGCAACAGGCUAGCAACGUGUGAUUCAAGCCAUACUCAUUUGCCUGGUUUUGGUCAUUCUGCAUCACGAAUCCUCCACAUUGUCAGCCGGGGGCUGUUGAGGGCCAUUAACACCACUACCGGCAAGAUUGAAACACUUCCGUCAUUGACCAACUUUGUCGCAUUGUCGUAUGUAUGGGGCAACAAGACAGAGCCAGAUCAAUCACUUAAUGCGUUUCCCAUCACAGCCUACCCGGCGACUAUCCGUGAUGCUGCUACACUUGCGCAAUCUCUAGGAUUUGACUGGCUGUGGGUUGAUCGUAUCUGCAUCGACCAGAGCAAUGAGAAUGAAAAGGCCGUUUUGAUACCCUAUAUCAAGGACAUAUUCGCCACAGCAAGCCUCACCAUCGUGGCUGCUUCAGGGGAUGGCGCCCACUCCGGGCUGCCUGGAUCACCGCAUACACCUCGCCAAGGCGAGACACCCCUCAUGUUAAACAUACAGGCGAGAGCUUUUGAGGAUGUUCCUGAACUUUCUCCAGCGGAGUCCAGCUCCAGUCUAAACCGACAUGUCAGAGCUUUGGGGGGUGUUCUUCGUCUUCUUCCAGCGCAGCCGAGUUUCAACACCCUAUUGAAUACAUCUGUCUGGCGCACUAGAGGCUGGACAUUUGAAGAAGAGGUCUUCUCUCGGCGUUUGCUAUACGUAUUUCCUACCGAGAUCUUCUUUAGCUGCGACAACGGCACUUACAGGGAGUCUACAGGGGAAACGUUUGUCUCUGAGCCCUUGGGCUCGACAUGGAGCGACUUUGGAGCUACACCGCCUUUGAUUGCUGGGGAACUCAACGUGGCAAUGCAAAAGCGCAGAAACAGCUCUACGAAGCUAAUUACUACCCGGCAAUUCGUUCGUGCCGUGGAAGAGUACACCUCGAGAAAUCUCACAUUCGAAGAGGAUCGAGUCGAAGCGUUUGCGGGCCUGAUCACGGCAUCCACUGAUCAGAUCGGCGGGAUCUCAGAGGCUUCCCUGCUCAAGCAUGGCCAUCCUCUCAGCUUCUUUGAAACUGCCUUGACUUGGCACCCUGAAUCAGAUUCGCCCGUAAGACUCCCCACUCACCGGAAACCAUUUGUACCUUCAUGGAGCUGGGCUUCAGCAGGCUCCAAGGUACACUUCCUAGACAAUGGAGAGGAGGACAACAAGAGUAAUUGGUUCCGAUAUGACGGCAUAGGGAAUCUAGAUGUCGUCGGCCUGCCAUCACGAGAUAUUCUCUCCAGAGAAUUAGGCCUGUACUUCCCUACAGAACUUAUCAAUUCUCAACCAUGGCUUGAAAAGAUGCCAAAGAAUUCACCUGCUGAGCUUGAUGCCACUGUCACGCCGGACGUGGUUAGCAUCAGAUCUCAAAAGCUACCAACACUCCACCUGGUAAGUAUCGUCUUUGAAGCCAUGUUUGUGAAGGCUUCAGAAGGACUGCAUUCACUGCAACUCGUACAUGACCCUGGUGUACGCGUCACGGGGCACUGGGCCACAAGCUCUUCAUUCAUAUCUGGGCGCCAAAAGUUCGCCAUCGUCGCAGGUAAUGCGAACAUAUGCAUUAUGGCUCUGAAACCCGAGUCACCCGGGGAUACAUUUUCUCGGAUGGGACUUUUAAGAGUGGCGUGGUACAGCAGCGAUCUCUUGUACUCCAUAAUGAGGCAAAGUCGCGCACGCUGGGAGUAUAUACGUCUCAUUUGA